AAAAUAAGGGAAAGAAAAUGUAACUUUUGUAACUGUUGACUGGGGAAGCAGUGGACAAGUAGGCAAAGGGGAUAUGGAAUCGAAGCAGAAGCAGGGUGUUGAAUGUUGCAGCCUCACUGCCUGUUGUUUUACACUUUCCCUUUCCCUCAAACAUUCUCUUCCCUUGUCUCUCGCUUCCUUUUCAUGCUAAACGCACGUUUGUCUCUCUCUUUCUCUCUCUCUCUCUCUCUCUCUCUCUCUCUCUCUAUAACCCACAUUGCUUGGUUUCGUUUCUGGUAGUUUAACCUUGACGAUGUUGUGCAAUGUGUCCCUGUGAGUGAGAAAUGUGCGUUUGCUACAUAUUACUCUAGGUGUUAUUUCUUUUGUCCUGCAUGUCUGUUUUAUCAUCUGGGUUUUGUACAUUUGAACAAUUCAAGCCUUUUGAAAUACUUUUUUCUUCACAUUCAUUUUAAUUUUUGCAAUUUGUGACUUGAAAAUUAAGGAUUCUCAGUUGUGAAAAAAUAUGGAAUUUUGAUUAUUUGUACCAUUAUUCUUUUGGGGUUUGGUUUUUCACUGGACAGGUUUGGUUCCUAGUAACAUUGGGUGAAGUUCAGUAAUUCGUGUGAAAGCGAAUUGGAAUAUUGGUUUUGGGUGGAAUGAGUUAUUUUUGAGAUAGGGAGGGAGGUGGUUUAUUUUAGUGGGUUUUGAGAAGAGAUGGUAUUAGGUCCUGAUGCUAUUCAAGUUGGAGCGUGGAAUGUGGGGAAAUCAAAAGCAAAGAAGAAGAAGAAAGAUGAAGAAAAUGAGGGAACAGGAUGCUGGAUUCGGUUUAGGUUCAUGGCGAGCUGCAUGUCUUCAAAGUCUAAAGUUGAUGGCUCUUUAAGUGGCAAUAGCACACCAUAUGCGGAAAGUAAAUCUACAAAUGAGACCGGGAAAGACCAACCAGUUGCUCCAAUUGUUUCGUCAUCAACCACUAGCAUUCUCGAAAGUACUCCAUCCACUCCUACCAUAUGUGAUGAACUGAAAAUUGCUUCUCAGCUUCGAAAAUUUACCUUUAAUGAACUAAAGUCUGCAACAAGGAGUUUUAGACCUGAGAGUCUUCUGGGUGAGGGUGGGUUUGGUUGUGUAUUCAAAGGGUGGAUCAAUGAAAAUGGAACUGCUCCAGUAAAAGCUGGCGCAGGGCUUGCAGUUGCAGUAAAGACUCUAAACCAUGAUGGACUUCAGGGUCACAGAGAAUGGCUGGCCGAAGUUAAUUAUCUUGGUGAGCUUCUCCAUCCUAAUCUCGUCAAGUUAACUGGUUAUUGCAUUGAGGAUGAUCAAAGAUUACUUGUAUAUGAGUUUAUGCCUCGAGGCAGCUUGGAGAAUCACCUUUUCAGAAGGUCCCUUCCACUUCCUUGGUCAAUCAGAAUGAAAAUAGCACUUGGUGCUGCGAAGGGUCUUGCCUUUCUUCACGAGGAAGCUGAAAAGCCAGUUAUAUAUCGAGAUUUUAAGACAUCUAAUAUCUUGUUGGAUGCGGAGUACAAUGCAAAGCUUUCUGAUUUUGGACUGGCUAAAGAUGGUCCCGAGGGAGAUAAAACACAUGUAUCUACCCGGGUGAUGGGUACUUAUGGUUAUGCAGCCCCUGAGUAUGUUAUGACAGGACAUCUCACUGCAAAGAGUGAUGUAUAUAGCUUUGGGGUUGUUCUACUUGAAAUGUUGACUGGCCGAAGGUCCAUGGACAAAAGCCGGCCAAAUGGCGAACAUAACUUGGUGGAGUGGGCACGACCACAUCUUGCGGAGAGGCGAAGGUUCUAUCGACUAUUAGAUUCUCGACUUGAAGGUCGCUUCUCAAUUACAGGUGCUCAGAAAGCACUUCAAUUGGCUUCCCACUGCCUUAGUCGUGACCCAAAAGCUAGACCUUUGAUGAGUGAAGUUGUGGAAGUGCUGAAGCCUCUGCCCGACCUAAGAGACAUGGCCUGUUCCUCAUCUUACUUUCAAGCUUUGCAAGCAGAGCGUGUUGUGGCCAAGCCAAACACCAGAAAUGGCUAUCGAGUGCAAACAGGGCUUUCAAGGAAUGGACAACCUUCUAGAAGCCUCUCCAUGACAAAUGGUCCGCAUGCAUCUCCAUAUCUCCUUAACCAUCCUUACCGCUCACCCAAACCUUGUGGACGAUCAUGGCACCAAGUAUAGUGUUAUCCCCCUGACCACCCCCAUUUUUUCUUCUUAAUAUAGAAAAAUCUUAGGGAAUCAGAGAUCUCCGAGGUGGGUUUGGGAAGCUUUGCCAUCUUGCUGCACUUGUGGUCUAGGAAUUUCUAUUGACCAUUCUCUCUCCCCC